AUGAACGAAAAGAUUAAGCCGACUGAUAAUUAUUACUUGUAUAGUCACGAAUUCGAUCAAAUUAAAUCAUUUGUCAUUUUUUUUGAUGAUCUUAUCUAUAAUUAUGAACUUCUCACUAAGAUGAAAUAUAUUCUUAAAAAAUACAAAAGAUUCGAAAAAGCAGAAAAUGAUGAUGACAUUUUUGAUAGAGAAUAUAGAUAUAGCGCUUUUGUAUUAUAUGUUAGUGCUUUUUAUUCGGCAAGAACAUUCAAAGCUAUUCGACCACAUUAUCAAUUUUUAUGUCGUGGAAAUUCCACAGUUUCCACGAGAGUUGCAUGUGAGGAUCAUGAACCUAUGUUCUUAGAAUCCGUACAGAUGUAUUUUGAUAAGGCUGCUAAAAUAAGUGGCGUAUCACCAAAAACCAUAUCGCAUAUGGAAGCACCAGAUUGUAUGCUUAAAGUUACAUUUCCGAUCGAGGUUGAUGAUAAAGUUGAAAUUAUUACAGGUUAUAGAGUUCAUCAUUCCCGUCAUUUGCUUCCAGUCAAAGGUGGAAUAAGAUUUUCACCGGAAGUUGAAGAACAGGAAGUUACAGCAUUAGCAGCAUUGAUGACUUAUAAAUGUGCUAUUGUUGAUGUCCCGUUUGGAGGUGCCAAAGGUGGCAUUUCUGUUGAUCCAAGCAAAUAUACUAUUGCGGAAUUAGAGAGAAUUACACGUAGAUAUACUGUCGAAUUAUGUCAAAAGGCAUUCAUCGGUCCGGGUACAGACGUACCAGCUCCAGAUGUAGGCACAGGUCCCCGUGAAAUGUCUUGGAUAAUGGAUACUUAUCGACAAUUUCAUCCUAAUGAUGUGGACUCUAUUGGUUGUGUUACUGGAAAACCAAUACCACUUGGUGGUGUUCGCGGAAGGAAUGAAGCUACUGGGUUGGGUGUAUUUUAUGGAAUUCGUGAAUUCAUUUCAUAUCCAGAAGUACAAAAACAUACUGGGUUAAGUGGAAAUAUUAAAGAUUUAAGUAUUAUCAUACAGGGAUUCGGAAAAGUCGGAUAUUGGGCAGCUAAGUUUUUUGAAAAAAAUGGAGCCAAAAUUAUCGGUAUUGGUGAGAAAGAAUGUGGUGUUUAUAAUUCAAAUGGUCUAAAUGUCGAUGAAUUAUUCAAAUAUCGACUCUCUAAUGGAUCGUUACAUGGAGCACCCAAUGUGGAGAUUAUUGAAGAUCCAUUACAAAUAUUGGAUUUAGAAUGUGACGUUCUAAUCCCAGCAGCAUUAGAACGUCAGAUUGGCCUUCGCAAUGCAGAUAAAAUAAAAGCCAAAAUUAUUGGUGAAGCUGCCAACGGUCCUACAACUCCACUUGCAAAUGAAAUUCUAUUAAAGAAGGGAAUUCUGAUUAUACCAGAUUUACUUUUGAAUGCUGGAGGUGUUACCGUUUCAUAUUUUGAAUGGUUAAAAAAUCUUUCUCAUAUGAGAUUCGGUCGAAUGACAAGAAAAUGGGAUGAAUUAGGUAAAUCGCAAUUAGUAGAAUUAGUAGAACGGAAUGUGGGACAUAAGUUAUCGGAUACUGAGAAAGAACAGAUUGUACAUGGUGCAGAUGAAUCAGAUUUAGUCUAUUCAGGAUUGGAAGAUACUAUGAUUCGUGCCUGCAUGGAAACUAGAAAAACAUCUAUUUCUAAGGAGGUCGAUUAUAGGACUGCAGCAUUUGUAAAUGCUAUUGAAAAAAUUGCUGCAGUUUAUGAAGGGUCAGGGAUGAUGUUUAUGAAUUAG